GAUGUAUAAAUAUUCUGAGAUAUAAACUUAGGGAAGGUGGACCGAGGUGUACAGAGAGGUGUAGACAGAUACCGCCAUGCCACAGAUCAAGGAGUGGACAGAAGAGAUCUUCGCUCAGCUGAGGAGUCAAAGUAUAACUCUCAGGUCCAAAGGACCUGUUUACUGUGAGGACAGUAGGAGGCAAAAAGCAGGUACAGAGGAAAAUGCUGAUGAAGAGUCAGACAGUUCACAUGAGCAGGAGAAUCAGUCAGAUGAUUCACUGAAAGAAGAGACAAGAAUUCAGCUGGAAGAUGAGGCAUGGAUACAAUGUGACAAAUGCUCCAAAUGGAGGAGGGUUACAAAGCAGGUGGCAGCUGAGUAUGCAGACAAGGACUGGCUGUGUAGUCUGAAUACUGAUUCUAAACAUAACAACUGUACUGAUUUGGAGGAAACCCAUGAUGAGAGGAAAGCACGGAAGUACGGGCUGCGGUAUGUGCUAAGUGAGAUUGCCGUGGGAAGUCUUGUCUGGGCACGUCUAGAUGGCUUUGCCAGGUGGCCAGCUGUACUGUCCCCAGACCCAGAGAGUGGUGAGCACACCGAGGUGGAUGAAGACGGGGACGUCACCUGGUACCAUGUGGAGUUUCUGGGCCCUAAACACUCUCACAGCUGGUGCACCUACAAUAGGGUCGAGGUGUACAGCAAGACAGAUGCUACAACAAAUAUUGCACAGGUUGCAAAGUCAAGGACAAAGAAGAAAGGAAGAAGGUAUCCCCGCGUGAUAGCCCCCAAAACAAGCUCAGCUCUGCAACAGAAGAAUUUGAACACUGCUAUCAAGGAAGCCGACCAUCUGAUGAGCCUUACAAACAAGCAGAGACUACAAAAAUGCCAGUUUCUGUGGUCACCGAGGACUAGGGGUGAUUCAGAUGAGGACAGCUCAAAAGGUUACAGAGUCAAGAGCAGCCCAGUUGUGGACUCCAAUUGUUGUAAAAAAAUAUCAAAGGACAAGAGGAACACAGGCAAGAAAGGAACCAUCAAACGCUCAGGUUCAACAACAAACAGGCAGACUGAGGAUGCUGACAGGAGCAGCAAUAAGCACAAGAACAUGCAGGCAUCAGGCACUGGGGUGCAGUGUUCUGCUUCUUCAGCUCUACCUCCUGAUCUUGGCUCAUGCACAGAGAAGGACUUUAGUAUGAUGGUGAGUGCUUUCAUGACAUCACAUGGCAAGCAUGUCAGCUCACCACCAGUGUGGAACGGGUCAAAGGUCAGCCUGUACCAACUCUUCACAGCUGUCAUGGAGAAGGGAGGUUACAGCCAGCUGUCCAAGAGAGGCAAGGCAGGAGGAUGGGCAGGAAUCUACAGGUUACUAACCAAAUGCAGCAUGAGUUCUCAUGGAGGACAGGCAGCAAAGAAGUACUAUGAAAGGAAUCUACUUCCAUAUGAGAUGUUUCUGAAUGGCUGCUCUGUGGAGGAGAUACAACAGGUCAUGAAGAAGCCACCUUGCUACUCAAACAACACUUUUUCUCCAACCACCGAGCAACAUUUGAUGGGAGACGAUCACCCUGAAGACACUCUUGAUGAAGAAAUGCUUAAGAUGGAAGAUAUGGAGAACAUUCUUAUCAGUCUGGAUGAAAGCAUUGAGACAGGAAUGUAUGAUGCCAAGUCUGAUAAAGGUAAUAUGACCCAGACAGGCUCAGCUCCCUUACUGAAGUUCUACUCCAACAUGUAUGAAGAUGAAGCAUCAGGAGACUAUGAACUGGGCAGCAGCAAUCUGAUGGAGGUGGAUGCUGACAUGAGUUUCUUGCCUACUGUUGAAGUGGGAGUGCCAGCAGCGGAGGUUGAAAGACACGAGGCUUGCAUGAUGGAAGAACUGGAAGCCAUGCAGGUAGAUCUGGAUGAACUGAACACCAGCCUUGGCCAGGAGCUCCUUCAGCUGUAGUUUGUGGGGACUAGAGGUGACAAAAGUAUAAGGGUACCAAGCUCUGUGAUCAAGGCCUUUCCUUGUGGGUACAAGCACAUUGUUGUCAACUGAAGAUCAAGUGGGUAUUAAUCAUUACUGUCUGGAAUAUAUAAAGUUCAGUUUGGUUAUCUUUAAUUCAAAAUUGAACCCCUUGUGAUAUCUUAUUUAUAGCAGUGAUAACAUUGUGCCUUUCAUAUAGUGUACCGUACUUGAAUUUUUAGGAUUAGAUGUUAUAACAAUUAGAUAUUUGACCGUAUGAUAUUAUCUUACGCAAGAUACUAUCGCAAAUGCAAUUGCAUUUCUUACGUUACAGUUUACUUGAUUUGACGUUGCCUAAUUACGUGUAGUUACUUGCAAUAAUGAUGUUUGAAAGCCAUCUUUCUUUUUUAUUGAAAGAAAUAGGACAUAUGUUUUUACUUGGUUAAAGAGAGUUACCAGAGUGGUACACAUGUAUCAUGUACUCACGAUUUUGGAAGACUCAUAAUUUUGUUAUAAUUUGUUUUAUACACGAUUGACAGGUCUUUAAGCAAUACAAGAAUAGGCAUUUCAGAGUUGCCUUUCAGAAUGUCAAUUUACUGCAUGAGAUGUUCAGCUUGUUAUCAUUUCAGAAUGUCAAUUUACUCCAUGAGAUGUUCAGCUUGUUAUAAUUUAGCAUCUAUCCUUCCUUUCUAAGGUUUAUCAUGUUAUGUUCCAUGUAAGUUCUGUUUAUGGAAGUUAAGGACCGAUUUAUGGUAUGGGUAAAUUAUGUAGUCAUUGCUACCCACACAUAUAUCAGUCUCUUACCAUCUAUUGGAUAUAUAGACUUUACUGUACAUUUGUACAUAUCAUAUUUGGUGUUCUGUAUUUAUAUAAGUUAGUUGACACAUGAAGAGGACAAGUUUUAUUUUUGUAUUGUCCUCUCAGUGUUCCUUUCUCAUGAGUUUGGUAAGAAGGAAAUACAGACCUGCCAAAUUAAA